AUGAAGAAUACCGUUUUCAACAACAGCUUUAUCAACUACGGCUAUAUCAACCACGGCUAUAUCAACCACGACUAUAUCAAAAACAGUUUUAUCAACCACGGCUAUAUCAACCACGACUAUAUCAACCACGACUAUAUCAACCACGGCUAUAUCAACCACGACUAUAUCAACCACAGCUAUAUCAACCACGACUAUAUCAACCACGGCUAUAACAACCACGACUAUAUCAACAACAGCUUUAUCAACCACGGCUAUAUCAACCACGACUAUAUCAACCACGACUAUAUCAACCACGACUAUAUCAACCACGGCUAUAUCAACCACGACUAUAUGAAACACAACUAUAUCAACAACAGCUUUAUCAACCACGGCUAUAUCAACCACGACUAUAUCAACCACGACUAUAUCAACCACAGCUAUAUCAACCACGACUAUAUCAACCACGGUUAUAUCAACCACGACUAUAUCGACCACGGCUAUAUCAACCACGACUAUAUCAACCACAGCUAUAUCAACCACGACUAUAUCAACCACGGCUAUAUCAACCACGGCUAUAAACAAAGACUAUAUCAACCACAGCUAUACCAACCACGGCCUUUCCAUUGUUUACAAUGUGACACAAGAGACUGA